UGCAAAAUGUUUGGUCCAGGCUGAGUUGCAAACCAAGGCUGCUGACUUUGAGAACCCCAGAGGAAAGCAUUCCGGCUGGAAGUGAAGCGCAAGCAGCAUGGCGGUUUUCUCCCUGCGUAGCACCCUCCAGAGAGAGAUCUUCACCCCUCGAGAGGAGCGCCUACUGGGCAUUUCCUUCGUCUGGAAGGCCAGCAGGAAGAGGAAGAGCGCCAUUCUGUGUGCAGCAGUGAGUUCCGAGCAGCAGACACCUUCGCGGGUAGUUCUGGUGACGGUGAAGACAGUGAAGGGCCACUACAAACUCAGCGAUAGCUGGCCAGCAAAUGACCUCACGGUCGUUGACGGAAAGGAUGCAGUGAAGGAGACAGCAGAGUUUGACCUACACCUGGACAAGGUAUAUAGGUGGGUGUCUAGCAGUGCCAGAGAGAAGGGUGCUUUUGUCACCUGCCUUUGGAAGAUCAACCAGCGCUACCUCCAGGACAAAGUCAAGUUCAUCAACAUCAGCCCUGCAAUCUUAGAAGAGGUGUUUCCAUGGCAGCCAGGGGGAGCAACGGAGAUACGGGGGCUACAGGAGGUGGAGGAGGACGGCUUCCAGGAGCUCACAGAGCGGGAGGCGGCUGAUGUGCAGAGGCUGAUGGAGCAGAGCGAUACGGCUGUUUGUGAUGCUAAGGCCUUCUCCCAAGCCCUGCAUACUAACCUGGCCCGCUUGGACCAGGACAACCUCGAAGCGCUAAUGGAGACCGAGUGCCAGGGCGAGCGACUGCUGAGCCUCCUCGACGAAGCCCUGGUGGAGGUGGAGCGCAUAGAGCGGGUGCUCUCCCGUUAUGAUGGCAUGCUGUUCAGCGCUCAGAGGCAGUUGGACGUCCUCCAGACCCUCAGCGACUGGCUGCAGAACAUUGACCGCAACCACGGGAAACUUCGCUCAGAACUCUGCCACCUAGUGGAAGGGCUUUCACUAGGUGAGGACCACAUGCGGGUUUUGACAGAAGGCGAUCUGAAGGAUGAAGAGCAAGUGGAAGCCUCCAUCCUUGCUGUCCAGAUGCUGUCCCGGUGCUACAGCAUGCCAACCACUGCCGGUCAGCGCAGGCUGCAUGGAGUUGCAGAGCAGCUCAUCAGGUUUGAAAAUGUCCGUCAGACCUUCGAACAGCGCCUGUGCCAGCACAUCACCAACAUCCUGCAGCGCUUGUGUGAACAGGGCCUGGGGAACGGGGAGAGCGGCACAGAGACAGAGUGCUGGGACACCCCCUUAUUCCACAGCCACCUGCUGAGCUACAAGCCUCUGAUGGACUGGCUCAGGGAGAGCAGCCCCCUCGUCUUCCAGCAGCUGGCCAAGGUGUAUGCAGAAAACAUAAGCCAGCUUUAUGAGAGGCAAACAAAGGAGCUUUUCGAGUCGGCAAGAUCCCAGCUGAGUGGAGCGAAGGAGCCAAAGAAAGCUGGAUUCCUGGACUCAGUGGCCAGUGCUUCCAGCAGCAAAUGCGGGGUGUCCGGUUGGAGCUCGCCUCCAUCUGGCGUAGAGAGCAGAGCCAGCAGGGUAAUUGAGCAAGUCUUGGGCCAGCUGGAGUUCACAUGCAUCAGGGAGCAGGAGUUCCUCGUGUCCUUUUUCAGCCUGGACAGCGUACCCGAGAGCGCUGCGGUCCACAUGGGUAGACGGAGCAGUGUGAUUGACCAGACCCAGACCCCUGUUAACCCAGAACAGAAGAAAAGGCCCCACAGCUGGAUCAGGACGUCAAGUAGCGUGACACAUCUGGUGCCGUGUGUGGGGGAGUGGGACUGCGUGCGAGCAGUGCUGGGGCCCAUGGAGCACCGUCUGUGUGCUCUGCUCAGCUCCUGCGAGAAGGCCGAACCGCUGAGCUGCCUGACAGUCCUGAGGAGCGCCAGGCGUGGCCUAUGCCAGUACCGGGGCCAUCCAUGUGCUUCCCUCUACUGCUCUCUGCUGCAAUGUGCCCAAGAGCAUGGCCAACAUAACCUGCGUACCUACACUGAGUCUCUGUGCAGGGAGAUGGAACACCUGCAAGUAACGAAGAAGUCUCGAGGAGGCAUCCUGCCCUUUGUCAGCCGGCUGGAGGAGUUUCUGAGCCAGGGCAAGGCCAUCCUGGGUGGAGAAGAGGGCCACUGGGGUCUGGAGGCCUCAUAUUUGCAGUUAUUCAAAGCAGCCAUCCACACCUUGGACAAACUUAAUGGACAGAAUGGACGUUCAAGCCUGCUGGUGACAGUAAUGAUGAACUUUCACCGGAUGAGGGGCUUCCUGAAGCAGGUGGAGCUUCCAGGGCUUAAAGAGAUAGAAGAUGAGCUCAGACAAAGGAUGGCGCUACAGCUGCAGCACUACGUGGCCAAUUGCAUGGGCAGGCCACUGGGUGCUUUAACCGACUUCAUGGAGGGUGUGCGGGGCUGCCUGAUGCAUGGUGUACGGGAGGAGGAGGUGUGCUUUCAGCUGGCCUACAGCAAGCAGGAGCUGCGGCGAGUGACAGAGCGGUAUCCUGGCCGAGAGGUGAGACGCGCGCUGGAGGCUGCUCACAAGAGGGCGAACCGAGAUUUGGUGGAGAACCCUGAACUUCUGAAGGAAUUGUGGACCACAAUGCAGACAUCCCUGCUUUCUGAGUACCACCAGUUCCAAAGUCUCAUCAGCAAGUGCUAUGCUGGAGCAGGAAUCUCCCUGGACUUCACUGAACAGGAUUUGCUUCAUUUCUUCAGCGCCAUCAGUAAAGACUCCAGGACAUGAGCAGUCAUGGUCAGAAGCCUUGUUCACGAGGCACGUCAAAGUAACCACUCAGUCACCAUAAGACAGCUGUAAUUGCACAUUAAAUUUUAGCUCAUAGCUCUCUUUUUAUUUAGGACCAAACUGACUGGAUUUGCCAUUUAAUAACAAAUUUAAAAAAUAUAUAUAUGUAUAGUUUUCUAUUUAUCUGUUGUUGAUUCCAGCUACAUAGCACCUUCUAGUUGGCCUCUGUAUACAAGUUUGAGAUUUAUAAUUACCAAGUUGAUUCCACAAAAUUUACAAAAUUUUAGGAUUAAGUUCCGAAAUGUGCAAACAAUGUUCACGAAACCAUUUAGAGCAUUAAAAUGCUUGUGAUCUUACUACAGGUAAUCCUUGAUUUACAAAAUAUGUGACUUACAAUGACCCGGACUUAUGGCUACUGCCACGCUGCCACAAGGCACUAUAUUUCUUUCAUUGACAGUCACUGGGUCUGUCAGCAGUUGUUUUAUUUACAAAAUGUUUAAUUUGUAAUUCUGCUCAAGUUACUUUUUACUGUAGCUAACAACUGACAUGAGUAUUCUGGUGGCACAGAAAAGAAAAAUAGAAAGCAAGCAGAUUUAGAAAUGAAAGUGAAAAUGAAAGUAUAGCAAGAAAAUUACAAUACUAUACUUACUGUAAUUCUAUAUCAGUAUAUUUUAACAUGAAUAAUGUGCAAAAUUAGUCAGAAGAUAUGAUAAACCCCUCUUAUACACUGUAGCAUUCAUACAUGUCAAUUGUUUCUAUAUCCUUAUGGUUCCUACAACAGUAUAAGGGUUUGUUGCUUAGGACAAGGUUGUCAAACGGAACCUCACUGUAACUUAGGUAGUUAUGUCUACAGUCAUGCCUACAGAUGACAACUAUUGUUAAUAUUUAUUCCUUGAGUGGAACUAUUGAAUAAAUCUGCUUUACACAAAGAGGUCAUUUUUAUCCAACUGCCUUGCUUUAUUUAUAAGUGCCUUCCAUAUAUCCUUUAACCUGUCUGAACAUAUGGCAUAUUGUUCUGGAAGCUUUCAGCCUAAAAACUGGGUUACAUGGGUGGUGUGAUUUGGAGUAUUUUCUGUGAAAUAUAUGAAGAAAUUAGAGUAAACCGUUAUUGAUGCGAAUCCUGUUUGACAAUUUCAACAACAGGGUCAGUGCAUUAGCAUGAGGCCUACUGCAGCAUUUUCAGUACAUAGAGGAAUAACUGGAACUGGGCUGGAAAAACAUCCCAGAAUCAUUCUUAGGAUAAUCAUAAGUUAAAAAGGUUGUUAAAGAAGUGAAUUUACCAAGGUUCAGGGCAUUUCCAAAAUAUGUUUAUGGGUUUCAUUUCUAAGAAUAGAGAUAUUUCUUUUAUCUCGACUCUGCUGAACACCGGGUGGUUAAGGCAGGUUUUACAAUUAUUUUUUGUAAUCUAGUGAUGUUUUGGUAGUUUUAAGGAUGGCGCCACACUUACAGUUCUCAACUAUAGCACAGCAAAUGUGCAAAAUGCAACUUGAGCAAUUUUUGCACUAUACCAAAGACAAGCAUCCUAAAACACACUAGUUUUGCACUGUAUCAAUCACUCACUCACAUUGCUCAGGGGUGGCUGUGCCACAUCCCCCACAUCCACCUGCUGAUUGCAUCACUUAACCUGUAAAUUUUGUUUUUUCUGUUUUCUGCACUUUGGAAAAAUAGGACCACUCCUCACGUUACAGGGUUAGUGCAUUCAGUGGAAUCAACUCAUUAGGUAAAGUCCCUUUGUUUAUGGUACAAAGAAAGUUCACUUUCACUCUGCAAAGCAUGUGGG